AUGCGGAGCUUUUCUCGUACGCAACAGGCUCCGGUUUUCCGUCGAUUCCUUAGCUCAUCCAGGUCAAAGAGCUCACCGCAAUCAGGGCAAUCCAGUUCGCUCUCACAGCGGUUAAAGGCGCUUUCUCGGGAGUACGGCUGGUCGGCCUUGGGGGUGUAUUUACUCUUGUCCGCGAUGGACUUCCCGUUCUGUUUUGCCGCCGUUCGCUUCCUUGGGGUGGAGAAAAUCGGCUAUUAUGAGCAUGUAGUCGUGGAAGCGUUUAAGGGUGCAAUCGGCACUGUGCUUCCCAGUGUGCAAGAGGAGCAAUUUAAGGAGGAGACAAAUCCUAGGACCGAUUCUUCAAAGAGUGAUUUGGAGGGGAGUACAGUGGAGAAAAAGCUAGAUGAAGGGGCGAGUCUAUGGACACAGGUUGCUCUCGCCUAUGCAAUCCACAAGAGUCUUAUAUUCAUUCGUGUGCCUUUGACCGCUGCUAUAACCCCUAAAGUUGUCAAGGUCUUGCGCCAAUGGGGCUGGGAUAUUGUCAAAGGCAAACCGAAGGGUAUGUAA